CUUCCAGGUGUUUAAAAGGUGCAGUUUAGGUAUGGUGGGUACUGUGGUGCUGUGCUAUUGUUCAGAGUGGUUAGGUGUGCAGACUAAAAAGAAAAAUGCCAACCUCAAACGAAACUGAUGAUCGUAUGAAAAAGUUUAAAAACAAGGGCAAAGAUACAGCAGAGCUAAGAAGACGUAGAGUAGAAGUCAGUGUGGAGCUCAGGAAGGCUAAGAAAGAUGAGCAGAUCCUGAAGAGGAGGAAUGUGACUUCAUUUCCUGAAGAGCUGGCUCUCUCUCCUGAACAAAAAAAUCACCAGAGUCCACUACUUUCUCUGGAUGAAAUGGUGCAAGGAAUUAAUUCCGGAGAUCCAGACUUGGAAUUGAAGUGUACACAGGCUGCAAGGAAAAUGUUGUCAAGAGAGCGUAAUCCUCCACUAAAUGAUAUAAUUGAGGCUGGGCUAAUACCAAAACUGGUGGAUUUCUUGAGCUACCAUGAUAACAGUACUCUACAGUUUGAAGCAGCCUGGGCACUUACAAAUAUAGCAUCUGGCACUUCUGAACAAACUAAGUCCGUGGUAGAUGGAGGUGCUAUACCUGCAUUUAUAUUGCUGAUAACAUCACCACACCUGCAAAUCAGUGAACAGGCGGUGUGGGCUCUGGGAAACAUUGCUGGUGAUGGGCCAAUGUACAGAGAUGCACUAAUCAAUUGCAACGUGAUCCCACCACUACUAUCCUUGGUGACUCCACAGACUCCGAUUGGUUUUCUCAGGAACAUUACAUGGACCCUAUCUAACUUGUGUCGAAAUAAAAACCCAUACCCCCCCAUGACUGCUGUUCUUCAGAUCCUGCCAGUACUGAUACAGCUCCUGCACCAUGAGGACAAGGACAUCUUAUCUGAUACAUGUUGGGCGAUGUCUUACCUCACAGAUGGUGCAAAUGAUAGAAUUGAUGUAGUGGUGAAAACUGGAGCUGUUGACAGACUCGUACAUUUAAUGUCAAGUGAGGAACUUGGCAUAUUGACACCAGCCCUUCGUACUAUUGGGAACAUAGUCACAGGAACAGACAAACAGACCCAGGUAGCCAUUGAUGCCGGAGUCCUGUCUAUCCUUCCACAGCUCAUGCGGCAUCACAAGCAAAGUGUGCAGAGAGAAGCGGCAUGGGCUCUUAGUAACAUUGCAGCAGGACCAGCGCCACAGAUUCAACAGCUAAUAACAUGUGGCCUCCUGCCUCCACUUGUGGAUCUUCUCAACAAGGGUGACUUUAAGGCUCAGAAGGAAGCUGUAUGGGCAGUGACAAACUACACAAGUGGGGGCACCGUAGAGCAGGUAGUACAGUUGGUGCAUUGUGGAGUACUGGAACCACUACUCAACCUACUUAUUGUUAAGGACAGUAAAACCAUUUUGGUCAUCCUAGAUGCAAUUACAAAUAUAUUUUUGGCUGCUGAGAAGUUGGGUGAAUUGGAGAAACUGUGCCUAGUGAUUGAGGAGCUGGGAGGCUUGGAGAAGAUAGAGGCUCUCCAGACUCAUGACAAUCAUAUGGUUUAUCAUGCUGCUUUGGCUCUGAUAGAAAAAUACUUCUCUGGCGAGGAGCUGGAUGAAAUGGCUGAAUUAGAGCCCGAAGCUACCAAGGAAGGUUACACAUUUCAAGCCGCGAAUAUGCAGAAAGAGUCUUUCAAUUUUUGAUUGUAAACAGCAAGGUUAUCAUAAUGAAAAAAAAUGGUAAAAUAAAUAAAUCAACCUUUGGAAGUAA